UAUAUAUUCACACAAACAGUCUAUUAACAUUUUUUCGUGUACAAGAAUGAAUAUUAUAAUAUGUUAUAAUUUUGACAAAAAAAGUAAUGCAAUUUGACUGAACCUGACAAAUGGCAAUCAAGCUACAUUGGGUUUAAGGCCCUGUGGGAACCUGAAUCAUGCAAAUAAACCAUAACAGUAAAAUAGCUAGCUGUGUGUAUUGGAGGGGGGGAAUGACUACUCACUGAUUCAUACAUAAUAGCCAAAAAUUUACUUAAUAUUCUUUUUGAUGGUUCUUGUAAAGUAUUCUUUGUUAAGAAAUUUAAAUCUACAUAUUGUAGGUUGCAAAAAUUCAUGACUUUCAGUGUCAUGAAACGUUCAGUAUUAUAAGGAUAAUAUGAACAUUAUCUGGUAUAUCUUCACAAAAUGUUUGUUUUCAGUGGUCCCUUCCAAUUGAUUUGCAAUUGAUUUUAAAGAUGUAUUUAGACUUACAUAUUUUCAUACAAACAGUGAAUUAACAUAUUUGAGUGUAUAAUAAUGAAAAUUAUAUUAUGUUAUAAUUUUGAUAAAAUAAGUAACGCAAUUUGCCUGAACCUGGCUAAAACUACAACUGUUAUAAUAUGAAAUAUAUUGAUGUUCCAGAAUCUUGACCAGUGGUCGCUGAGGAUGACAUGGCUAGAAUUACAGCUCAUGUUUAAGCAGUCCAAUUCUUCAGAGCUGAGUUCCCUCCAGGAUGCAGUGGCCAAGUCAACCAUUGAAAUAUUUCAACAGGAAACAGAAAAUAGUCUGAAUAAUGGGAACAACUCUGAGUCUGAUCCUCAACAGCUACCCAGAUUAGAGCCUGAACACAGGGGGGUGUGGCUGGUGGCUCCUCUGAUAGCCAAACUUCCCAGCUCAGUCCAGGGGCGCGUGCUCAGAUCUGCAGGACAGGUGUUAGAGAGCGGAAACAACUUCUGGUCUUCUAAGAAUAAGUCUGAAAAGGACAGAAGUCUACAGAAAAGCACUUCCUUACUAAGUCACCAGCCGUUCCUGUCCCUGGUGUUAUCAUGUCUGAAAGGCCAAGAUGAGCAGAGAGAAGGUUUACUGACCUCACUUCAUAGUCAGCUGGAGAAGUUUGUCAAUAAUGCUAAAGAGGGUAAAUUUCCAGAGGAUAGCAAGACUCAGCAGAUUGUAGAGGAGGCUCUUCAACUGAGACUGAGCUUGGCUGGAGGAAUGUUUGAUACAAUCCAAAGAAAUUCCCAAGCCACAACAGAUUGGGCUGUGCUGCUGCUACAACUGGUGUGUAAUGGAGUCAUAGAUACCCAGAAUAACAGUGACCUGUUCUAUACUGUGUUAGACAUGCUGUCUUCACUCAUUCAUGGCUCUCUGGUCACUGAUAACUCAGACAGCAAAGAUGAUGGAAGAAAAAUGUGGAAUUUACUAAGCAGGAAAUUAAGGAAAGAGCUAGGAGACAAGUAUUCAGAUGGUAUCGCCCAGGUUCGCCAGCUCCUCCCCAUGUCUAAGAGCAUGUGUGAAGUAAUCACUUGUGAACCACAUGGAAGCCUGGUGGAUACCAAAGGAAACAAGAUUGCUGGCUUUGAUUCCAUUGAUAAAAAACAGGGGUUACAAGUGGCCAUGAAGGUGUCUGUCAGUCCCUGGGAUCUCCUGGAGGGACACAAGAACCCCGCUCCCCUCUCCUGGCCCUGGUUUGGGGCUGUGAAGACAGAGAGGAAGCCUCUGAAAUAUGAGGACCAUCAUAGACUUAUGUUGUAUCAUACACACAACCUGUACAAGUCUUGGAGUUACUACCUGGACCCCCCACAGCUACCCCCCGAGGAGUUGGAGCCACCACCAGAAAAACAGCCUGAAGAAAAACCUGUGGAAAAACCACCAGAGGAGGAGCCCAAGACGAAGACAACCAAACCACGGCGCCAGCGCCGCGCCUCACGGGUACCUUCGCAAACACCCUAUGUGACAAGUCCAGUUCGUACAGGCUACAGUGGUUAUAGUUCAGAGAGCUAUCCAGGCGGGCCGCCACCCAGUUGGUCACUUCAGCAGCAUCCGCCAUAUUACUCUCCUCAGCAACUUCCUCCAGGUGGGCCGAGGUUUCCCAAUUCCCAGUCAAAGGCCGCCUUGAGCCAGAUGCUUCGCCAGCGAAUGCCGUCGUCGCACUCCUAUCCACCGUUAAACUCUCAGGCAGCCAUGCAGAAUCUCCAGAUGUUGCAGAAACAGCGCCAGCAACAGAUGAUUAGGAUGCAGCUGCGUGCACAACAUGGCCGUAAUAUGCAGAAUAACAUGGAGAGAAUGUACUCCAAUCCCAACAUGCAACAGCAGCAGCCGCAGUUGUCGGUGUCAGGGCAGCAACCAUUGCACCAUCUGCCGCAGCAAGGAUUAUCCCAGAAUUACAACAACUAUGGUAUGCAGUCCCAGCAAACCCAAAUGAUGGAGCCAGCUCUGCCACCUGGUGGACAAGUCCACAACACACCAACGCCCUCUACAAUGAUGUCACCCAACUUCAACCAAUCAUAUAACAGUAUGCAGGAUCAGGGCAUGAUGAAUCAGCCAAUGAGAUCGCAGUCGUCUGCUGGGUAUAUGUCAAUGGCGGCUCAGGGUCCACCUCCACAGCAGAAUAUGUAUGGCCAACCCAACAGAAUGGGUCCAGGCAUGGUCAACCAGGGGAGUCUCCAGGGUCCGGGCGGCCCUGGGGGGAUGUCAGGAGGACCAGGGGGGAUCUCCAACCAAGGGACCCCAAUGAAUGCCCCAGGGGGUAUUCAAAAUCCUGGGGGCCCUGCUCCAAUGGCAGGUUACAAUCAGAUGGGACCGUCACAACCGUCUCAGUCUUCUUAUAUGCAGAAUUUACCUACACCCCAACAUCAGCAACGAUUACAGCAGUUACGACAGCAGCAGCAACUGCUGGCAAUGAGACAACAGCAACAGCAGCAACAACAAACGCAGCAACAGCAACAGACAGCACAGUUGGUGGCACAGUUACAGCGACAAUUGACGCAACAACAGCAGCAGAAUCAGCAGCAACCACAGUACAACUCUUACCAACAACCUCCUCCACAGUAUUGAAUGUUCUUGAGGGGAAACAUGGAAAAAUAAAACUAUAUGGUAUAGCUUGUAGAUGGUCUUGCUUUGGAGAUGACUUGCAGAGGGAUAGGAAGUUUUCUCGUUUUGGAGAAUUCUGUCCUUGUAAUAUGUAAUUGAGGUGCAGUAAAUAGUGGCUGUUAUAUCGAGUUUUGGCAGUAAAUUUAGUUUUGUUUCUUUUCCUUUGGCAUUGUAAGAGGAGGGACAAAGAUAUAGAUUCAGAGCCAUACAUUUAUGUUUGGGAAUGAUAAAAUGAUAAUAGACUGAUAAAUGCACAGAAACAAGGUGACACAGGUAUGUUUAUCUGUACUGUAGUAUUUCAGGAUUUAGUUCUGAUUAAUUUGGGCAGUGUCCAGAUGCUGCUUAUCUGCAGUUGAUGUCACUUCAAUGUGGCAUUUUACAAAAGGUCUGCACAUUUUACAGAGGUUAGAUAUACCAAUAUUUGUCAGCAAAGAGAGAGAGAGAGAGAGAGAAAUUUAUUCAAUAGAUGGGACACCUAUAGUUAACGUAACCUUAAUGUUUGAACAUUUUUUGAGAGAAAAGCUCAGAAAAUUUAGUUUAAUGUUGAAGUAAAAUGCAAAUUAAGAUAGCCAAAGACGUCAUGUUGGGAAAUGUAUCCCGUUUACGAAUCCUUUACUGUGUAUUUACCAGCCUCCCUCGCUGUAACCAUAUAUGUGUUUUAUUCAUUCUGUAAAACGAUGUCACCAAACCAAGAUAUUUUUAUUGGAGUAUUCUUUAAGGAGGGUGGCAGCGUUUAUGUUCAUAAGACCUCAUUGUCCCUGAAGUAUUACACAUGAAUACAGCGUCAAGGUGGGUGGAUUGAUCAAGGUGAUAAAAAUGUUAUAAAGAUAUUGAUAUUAUUUGUAUAAAGUCGUCAUCAUAUAUAUAUUAAUUAAUCUAUAUAAGAAUGUUGUAAAUGUAGAAUGUAUGUGGUAUCAUAAUAAAUAUAUGUAUGUCAACGAGGUUCUGUGGUACUUAUACACUGACUAGAAUUUAAUGUGAG